AUUGAUUGUUGAGCAUCAACUCAAAACAGAGAUAGGCUUUCAUUCGAACGGGCGUCAUAACAAAAGCAGGGUUGUUUUACAAUUUUUUAACUGAUACUCUACCGACACUCAUCCAUAGUUUUUGUAGUUCACAGAUUUAAUGUUCUAGAAAGGUGGCGAUCAUCUUGAUACAAGAUGGAGGCUUGGAUAUAUGCCAUUAGUUUUACCCUGUUAUUGUAUGGAACAUUGUUAGGCAAUGCGCAGUCCUGUACCGGAUCAUCUGAAAGUGGCCAGUGCACAACUUUCGGGCCACUGUGUGAAUGCUCAAACAUUAGUUGCAUACCAACGACAAAUCCAUGCGGACCUAGCACGACGGAUAUUGUAUUUUUGCGAAGUUUCUUUCUUAAUAUACCAAGAGAUGCAUUUCUCUCUUACAACAAUAUUACUUUUCUCGCUAUCGCAGGAUUUGUUGGGCUAAGCAUUGAACAAGGUGCUUUUAAUGGACUUCAUAAUCUGGAGAUUUUACGUGUCAAUGCGUUCUCAAUAAGUGCAUCGUCAAAGUCUUGGGCCACGGACAUAGAUAUGUAUGUGUCAUACUCUACAGGACUUACUGGCCUGCAAGCUGUUAGCCAAGACAUGUUUAAUACACUACCAAGAUUGAAGAGUUUGGAUCUAAGUUUCAACAGAAUUAACUACGUGAAUAGAAACAUUUUCAGCAGCUUCUAUUCGGUAGAAGAGCUAGGAUUGGCUGGCAAUUCUAUCGAGAUGUUUGACGAGACGGCUUUCAAGCCUGCACCAAGACUGAAGAAGUUGUACAUGAGCAAGAAUAGAAUAUCGCAUCUUGUUUUCAUGACCAAUUCAUCGCACAGUCUCUUUCAACACCUUGAAAGACUUGACUUAUUUGGUAACGGUAUUACAGUUUUUCCAAGUUUUAUCCUGCAGAUUGUACCCCCUGUUGUUGAUAUUGACUUGAGAGAGAACCCGUUGAUUUGUGAUUGCAAUAUGAUUGAAUUUCUUAAAUCUUCUAGUGAAGAUCAGCAAAUCGUGGGCCUUGAUCCGACUUGCACAAGCCCAGAAAAGAUAUGCUCUGCUCCUAAGAUUUCAUCAUCCUUCACAGAAUUUGAAGUACUUCCAGGGGAAUCAGUGUUACUUGCUUUCGAGGUAACAGGCCAGCCGCAUCCAUUUGUGUCCAUUUCAGGUCCAGAUGGUCUGCAACGAGUUGGGCGGUAUAACAUCAAAACCAACCAAGUCACAGUAGACCUUCUCAUUGCAGAGGACACAGACUUCGGUACAUAUACAUGUAGUGCACAGAAUAGCUACGGCUCAACAUCAUCCACUGUAGUUGUCAAAAAAGAACCCACUAAGCACAUCACCACCACAAAAAGUGCAAAGUCAAAAAAAGCAAACAAUGCAAAUUCAUUGAUACCAUAUCGAAUUAUAUUUCUUCUUAUCGCUGUCCUCCACUGCCUAAUGAUAUAACAGUGUAAACUUAACAUUCCAUCAACAUCAAUGCAUAACGAACGAAUGAACGUGUAAGUGCAAUUUGUUAAGCCGGACACAUACUGUACUGCCCCAGUUGCGAUUCCUGUAAGAAUUGAGCGCAGUUUUAAGUCUUCUUUGUCUGCCACUAACAAUUAACAGUCGGCUUCAUGCUGGAUUCAUCGGCCGACGGGUAUGUGAUGGCUUUAGCGAGCCACGCUGUCAUGCAAGUAAACAUUGUUGUUUUUGUUGAUUGCAAAGUUAGUGUCUUGCUGAUGGUGUUCAAGUACUUCCUUUAUCAAAUUAUUUAGUAUAUUCCAAUUUUAAACUAACCUGUAAUUCGCUUAAAAUUGUUUAUAUUAACACAACAUUGUAAGGAAGGCUUUCUCGUGCCUUGUCUAUUUGAGCAUUACCUGUAUAUGUGUAGGUAUGUGUAAAUUUUUGCUCUAUAUUUUAUUUUACUGCCAAACAUGACAGGGCCAACCCUGUCAUCAUCACCACAAAGUUACACAACAUAUUUUUUUAAGUUGUAAAAAAAAUUAUUUCGCCCAAUAAUUAUUAAGCAUAUGCAAAGAUAUUAUUGACUCGAACUGAGCACACUAAAUACUUUGUUUUCAUUAAUACACCUACACGGGUGGAAGGGGGAGGGGCUCUCUAAAAUUGCGCACACUUCCGUCAACGAGACACAGUUGUCAUGGCAGAAAUUUAAGAUCUAAAAACAAAAUUUCAGUUAUUUUCCGAUAGAUUUUUAAACAGCCCAAUUCCAUAUUUCCUAAAGUUACUUACAGUAGUACCUAAUUUAAUGAGCCCCACUUUGAGUCUGUGACAAUUUGUACUACUUGACCAGUUUUUUAAUAAAUUUUUAUAUUGGCCCUGGUUUUUUUUUUUGUUUUUUUUUUCCAAAUCUGCAUUUUUAUUCUAAUCGUUUUAUAGUCUUUAAUGAAAAUUGUAAUUUACAAUUUGGCCGUGACACCACGAGAUGUAAAAUUUUGUUUGUACUGUAUUGUAUUGUUUGAAUAUAUAUAUAUAUCUAUAUAUAUAUAUAUAUAUAUAUAUAUACUGUAUAUAUGAACUUUGUGGUGAUGUUAUUAUAAUGUUUUUUUGUAUAGUUUUAUCACUUUAUGGUUACAGUAUAGUAUUUGCAAUAGAGAAAAUACAACUGAAUAAUUUGGCAUAGGUAAUCACCUUGAUUUUAUGUAAAUUUUUUCCAUUUUUUUUUCAUAUUUAUAGAGGGCGACUCUUCCACCGUAUCCUAGAAGGUCAUCUGAUAUUCAGGGCCCCUUAAUAAAUUCAAUAACAUGUUUUAUCAGCAAAGUCCCAUUAUGAAGCUUAAAGACUUAUAGAGUGGUGAUGUGUUUUAGAUGUGAGAAAAAAAAAUUCUGUGCGGCCACAGGAUUUGAACCCAGGACCCUGGAAUUGAUAGGAAGCACCUUAAAGACCAAGCUACUGCACAUCUCACUACAUACUGUAUAACCUUACCAAAUUUGGGCAUUUACAUUAUGAUUGGACAUUAGUGUAUACUGUACUGACAAGAAUAUUUAAUGGGGUUGUGAAAAACAUGACCUUUGAGAGCCAAUGAUUGUACUGUACUUUCACCAAUUUUUUUUUUAUAAUUUGUAAUUAGUAUGAAGGUGCUCAUUAUGGUUUUACAGUAUUUAGAUAGAAUUAUAAAAGUUGUGUGUUGUAAAAUAUUUUUACCUUUAUCUUUUAUACCUAAUGAUUAUUAUUAUUAUUAAGUAUGUAUUAUUAGGUAUCACUUAUUUUUUUGUUAAUAAACAUAUUGGGACUUAUUAUUAGGCAAAAAAUGACAUUUGUUUGCAUUACUCAUUAUCAGGGUUGUUUGGUUGGUAUUUUUGUUAUAAGCAUAGGCCUAUAUCUAGUAAACCUUUGGUUAUUUUUCAAGCAUCACCUGGUUAUGCUUUGUCAUUUGUAAAACAGAAGAGGCCUAUUAACUACAGGGUUAAAAUCAUGGAUAAAAUAUGAAAUUAUAGUACAGUAUAUCGCAGCUUAAAAAAAGCUUAAAAAAUAUAUUAUAGUUCCUCGUAGUACUUAUACUUUUCACAGAAAUAUAUUGCAAAUUGCUGGAAUCUUAAUUAACUAAUCAAUAUACAACAAAGGGACGAUAGAACAUUAGGGAUGAGUUGGCGGAAGGGAUUUGACUUGCUGGACCGAUUCUACCACCGCUGUUGGACUAUGCAAAAUGGAGCAUAAGAAAGAAAUGUGUAUAUUGUAAUUUUAAUGAGCCUAUGUAUUUAAAAUGAAUUGUGAAUUGUUUUGAAGGUAUUUCUCUACCUAAACAAAUAGUAUUAAUAAUUAUAUAAAUAUGUACUAUAAACAAUAUUUGCUGUGUCGUAUUUUAAUGUGUAUACAAAAUAGAUGUAUAUAAUUAUAUAGACCCUAAUUAUGAUUUAUUUUUACACAAUUCUGGAUUAUCUAAUGCUUUAUUGAUUAUAAAAACACUAAUCAACCAUACAGAUUAUGUAAUGGACACAUUGAUUUACACUGAUUAUAAUCAUAACAAAACAGUAUGCUUCAAUUAUUUACAUGUGCUGUUUUUAACAGUGGUGGAUUCAGGUUGGAGUAGGGGAAGUUGUCCCACACUUUCCCCACCCCCAACCCCCACAAAUAAAAAAAUGGAGAAAAAAAGAAUACUGUAUUAUGUUCAAAUUUGAAGUCUGAGUGUGCAGAUUCUGGCCAUCUAGAGGUGAUAUAACUGAUCAUAAAUUUUGGGCCGAGGGUAGCGCUUAUAGACCCUCCACCUGUAAGUCUUUCCUUUUACCCUGGCCCUCUAUUUAAAAUUCUUGGGUCCGCCACUGUUUACAAGUAAGGUCAAAGUGUACUGUUGGGGUAUGAUGCUAGUACUGUAUAAGAAUUUUGUAUUACUCUAUACUGUACCUAUUGUUUCCAAAAUUAGCUGUUAUUUCGAAGUACUGUAAUUCAGAUUUGCUAUCAAGCUACCUGGUACAGGAUUUCGUCUUAAGUAGGCAACAGUCAUGUGAAACGAGGAUUGAUAAAACUCGGGAAAUUGAUGGUAUUGGCAGGGCGGUAGGUGGGGGGGGGGGUUGUCAACAGGUAUAAUUUUCCAAGCAGGAAGUAUUGAUUACAAUACUGUACAAAAUGAGUUUUGAAGCGCUAAAACAUUAUAUCUUUAAUAUCAACUUGAUUAUACCUAUAGUGUAUGGUGUGACUUUGAUACACUGCCGCCAUGUUCAGAUGUUCACUUUUGCUAAGAUAUAAAGUAGACAAAUUUGGAAAAUAUAGUUGUAGAAGCUGUAUAAAUAAAAGAAACUGGAUAAAUCAA